CGAGACACUGUUGCAAAAUAAACCUGAGACGUGUCGAGCUGCAUGUGAUGAUUCUCUGAAUUCGAUCGAAAACGGUGGCAGAACUAUUCUUCAGUCUGAGGAUAAGCUACAGUUCAAUAACUAUUGGAUAUGGUUUGUCGUUAUCUACUAGACCGCGUGGCAUAAAUUAUUAAUCCAACUAGUGGUAGGCAAUACAUUGUACAGUAUUGUAGCCUAUACAGUAGUCUUUGUUUUGCAUAAGAGGCUAGAUCAGAAAAUCAUCACUCUUACCCAGAAUAUUUCUUACAUAUUAGUAACAUUAUCAUUACUUACACAUUCGUAACACUAUCAUUGAAAAAUAAGAAAUGGAUGAAUCAAACGGUUCUUCAAAAAGGACUAUUCUGUGUUUAUUUGACGUGGACGGCACUCUUACCCCACCGAGAGAGAAAAUUGACCCUACGCUGGAUGAGUUUUUCCAGUCCCUGCGCAGGAAAGUGAAGAUCGGCAUAGUGGGUGGAUCAGACUACUCAAAGAUCGCAGAGCAGCUGGGUGAGGGAGAUGAAGUGAUACAGAAGUUUGACUAUGUGUUUGCUGAGAAUGGCACGGUGCAGUACAAAGAUGGGAAGCUCCUUUCCAAACAGGCCAUCCAGAACCAGAUAGGAGAGGAACUACUGCAGGACCUCAUUAACUUCUGUCUCAGCUACAUGGGGCUGAUCAAGCUGCCCAAGAAAAGGGGCACCUUUAUCGAAUUCCGCAACGGAAUGCUGAACAUCUCCCCCAUUGGCCGGAGCUGCACACUUGAGGAGCGAAUCGAAUUCUCUGAAAUUGACAAGAGAGAGAAAAUCCGGGAGAAGUUUGUUGCGGCCCUGCAGGAGGAGUUUGCUGGGAAGGGUCUACGAUUUACUAGAGGCGGUCUCAUCAGUUUUGACGUGUUCCCUGAAGGCUGGGACAAGAGGCUCUGUCUGGACGUGCUGGAGGGGGAGGGCCUGGACGCUAUCUACUUCUUUGGCAACGAGACGUCGUCUGGGGGAAACGACUAUGAGAUCUUCAACGACCCGCGGACCAUUGGUUUCACAGUAUACUCACCAGAGGACACAGCCAGGCACUGUCGAGAGAUUUUCUUCAAAGCUCCCGCCAAUGAGUCGUGAUAAAUCAUGCAGCAGGCACUCUCACAGUCAGCUUCCCCUGGGCUCCCCCUGCUGUUCAGGGCAGGUACUAAGAGCACCUGAAGGAGAAGAGGUGGAGAUGGGAGGUAAACCACUACAGAUUUGUUAAGUAAUCAAUGCAUUGUUGUUGUAUAAUAUUAUUCUAACUAGCACUGGACAUAUAAAGGGAUCAUCAGUUAUUCACAUUGGCUGGACUCCCAUGGAAAGUACUAUGAGAUGUGGACAGAUCUGCUUUUUUAAAGGGAUGGUAGCUCAAACAAUGUGAGGAAGUUUACUAAUAUUUUCAGUUUUUUUAUCAUGACUAAGUGUUUCUCUAAGGUUUUAAUGUAAUAUCUGACUAUUUAACAUCUAUCAACCCAGUGGUUUUUGUAGUGUGUCCCUGUAUUUGUAUGUAACAUCAAAUUAACCAUAAUGUCUUAUAGGCCCUCCUGUAAGACAAUCCUCUUUUGUGAAUAUCAUGUGAAGAAUUCUAUACAUUUUGAGUAUAUAAUGUAAAUACCCACUUGUGUUUUGCACUAAUAUUGAUACAGUUAUCUGACUAACUGGGUUUUGGAUCAUUUGUUUUCUUUGUAAAUGUAGGAAGUGACUAGUGUUGUCUUUGAACAAAAUGGAGCAAAACAGGAGAGAGAGAGUUGUUUUGCUCUGUGCCAGUCCACUUUCAGAUUAAUCGCCUAUAGAAAAUCUGCACCCCCUUGAAUUUGUUUCACAUUUUGUUGCGUUACAAAGUCGGAUUGAAAUAGAUUUAAUUGUAAUUGUUUGUCAAGAUUUUUACAAAUGUAAAAACAAAUUAUAACUCAAAUAUAAUUGUUCCUUAAGUAUUCACCCCCUUUGUUUAUCAAGCCUAAAUUAGUUCAGAAGUCAAAUGUGGCUUAACAAAUCACAUAAUAAUUUAUAUGGACUCUCUCUGUGUGAAAUAAUGGGGGUUGAUAUUAUAUAUUUAGGUCUAUUUUUUUAUGACCACCUCUUGCUCUGUCCUCCCAGGGCUUUUCCGAAAGCUUCAGAAAUAAAGGGCAGUGAUUGGUAGAUAGAUAACAAUAACAUAUCAGACAUUGAAUAUAUCUUUAAGCAUGGUAAAGUUAAUAAUUAAGUUGUGGAUGAUGCAUUAAACCACCCAGAGACAUCAAAGAUGCAGUCGUUCUUCUGAACUGAGCUGCAGGACAGGAAGGAAACUGCUUAGGGAUGAGGCCAUUGGGGAUUUUAAAACAACUACAGAGUUCAGUGGCUUAGAUGGGAGAAAACUGAGGAUGGAUCAACAAUAUUGUAGUGACUCCACAAUAAUGACCUAAAUGACAGAGUGCUAAAAAAAUAAUAAAAACACACAGAAUAAAAAUAUUCCAAAACAUGCAACAAAAGUAAUACUGCAAAAAAAACACAGCAAAGGAAUGUAUUUUUUGGCCUAAAUGCAAAGCCUUAUGUUUGGGGCAAAUCCAACACAAUGCAUCACAGAGUAAUUGCCUUCAUGGUAUGGGUAUGCUUGACAUCGGCAAAGACGGGAGUUUUUCAGGAUGAAAACCAAUGGGAUGGAGCUAAGCACAGGCAAAAUCCUACAGGAAAACCUGCUUCAGUCUGCUUUACAUCAGACUCUGGGAGAGAAAUUCAUCUUUCAGCAGGACAAUAACCUACAACACAAAUCUGAAAAUACACUGGAGUAGCUUACCAAGGAGACAAUGAAUGUUCUGGAGUGGCCAAGUUACAGUUUUGACUUAAAUCUGCUUGGAAAUCUAUGGCAAUACUUGAAAAUUGCUAUCUAGCCAUGAUCUACAACAACUUGACAGAGCUUGAAUAAUGGGAAAAUAUUGCAUAAUACAGGUGUGCAAAGCUCUUAUGAAACUUACCCAAGAUGACUCAAAGCUGUAAUCGCUGUCA